UCAGCGGCCAGUGUUGGAAAAGGCUGGACACGCUUACGAGCUGAGGCAAAACAGAAAAUUACGGCAAAAAAGCACCGCAAACGACCCGCAACGCCAUGAACUCGGCAACAAAGGUUGGGGAGAUAUUCACGGCCGCCGGACAGGCGUUCAGCAGACUUGGCGACCUCACCAUGCAGCUGCAUCCCAACGCGGAGUCGCCGUCGGGGAAGUGGACGGACGAGGAGAUCGACAUGCUGCACUCGUCCAUCAUGCGCUUCUCGGACGACCUGAGCAAGAUCAGCCUGAGCAUCAAGAACCGCACCGUCUCCCAGAUACGACAGGCGCUGAAGAAGAAGGCCUUCGAGGACGCGGGCAUUCCCGCCAAGCAAGUGCCCGUCCAGCAGGUGCAACACGUCAUCCAAACACUGCCUCUCAUUCAGCCGCAGCAGCCUCCCCAGCAGUCCCAACAGCAGCCGCAGCAGCCACCACAACAAGUAUUCAAGACACAGCCCAUCCAGCACGUGCAGUUGGUCGCGCAGCCGAAGCAGAUCAUCCUGCAGCAGCCGCUAGCGCAUCCACAGACCACCGCCACGACAGGAACGACGGUGACCGUCAAGCAGUACCAGCAGAUGCAAAAGGCCGCGGCUCUGGCGGCGGCACAGGCAGCUGCUUCAGCGGCGGCCAACACGCCAACCAUCACGGAAAACAUCAUUAUCCAGCAGCCCACGUCCACAUCCACAGGAUCGGCGGCGGCGGGAACGACGACGGUGGUGCUGCAACAGCCCCUGGCCGUCUCUACCUGCUCAUCCACGCAGAUCGUGCUGCCUGUGGGUGGUCCGGUGGUGUCCACAGUGCUCUCGCCGACGGUUGUGAUUGCCGACGAUGUCGUGAGUACCACCUCCACUUCCUCAGUGACGACUGCCACGGGGGCGGUGGGAACGGUUUCACUGGUGGCACCUGGGGCAGCAGGAGGUGCUGCUGGAACGGGCACCGGCACGGGAACGGGAGCUCCAGCGGGCCUCAAGUGCGGGCCGGACGUGUCCAUGACCCUGAACCGCAUCAAUGUGCAAGAAAACGAGGUGGACGUGGAGGAGUGCCUUCCCGCCGAGGUGGUCAAGCUGGACUUUGUCAGCGAGGAGGUGGCCGGGUGAGGUUCAAGCCCUCGCACUGGGCUGGACUUCUUCUACUAGAUCCUGCAGUCGCAGUCGCAGUCGCAGCCGCAGAACGAACGAAUCAUGUUAAAUGGACGGAACACGCAGCCGCUACAAAUC